GGGAGGGGCCAGCGAGGAGUCAAAACUGGCCUUCGCCAAGAGAACUUUAGAAAGUUUCCCCCGGCCCUUGAUGGGGGAGUUCGCUUCGCGCGGGGCGCUGCCGAGGCUCCGGAGUGGUGCGCACGCCCGUUUAUUUUGAUUCGGUGCGCUUGUUUUUGUUUACACGCCGCCGGCACUUCACUUUCGCCCGGAAGGAACGGGGACUGCCGCGUCAAAGCGUUGGGGAGCGAACAAGCAAGCGCACUGCCUUCAUCCUCAUUCUUGGUCUGUUAUUAUUUUUUCCCCCCCGGCAAGAUUUUUUUUUUUGUCCUCUGAGGCAGCGCAAGCAGAUUAGAUAUUUCGGACCUGCAGGGGUUUCUUCCCCCCUCCUUUAUUUUCUUCCAGCAGCGUUCUCCCUCCUCCUGUAUUUUUACGACGGGGGGAGGGGGGAGGAGAGCGAGUGAGGAGCAGAGAUUGGAGCUUUCCGACCAUUUUGCAAAAUAUAUAAAUAUGAAGCAGGCGGGCUCAGCUCGGGCCUUUUAAAAAAGAGCGAACGCGCCGGCGGAGGAGAUCCUUCGGUGGAGGAGCCUGGAAACUCUAGGGGCUCUCCGGAGCAGGGCGCCCCGUUGGCAGAGGGGCGCCUUUCCUGCGCGGCCCCCCGCCGGCUCCCUCUCUACGAUCUUACUUGUUGGGGGGCGGCGGGAGGCGUCCUCGCUCUCCGGGAGCCGGUCCAGCCAUGCAGGCUCGCUACUCCGUCUCGGAUCCCAACGCUUUGGGAGUGGUGCCCUAUUUGAGCGAGCAGAAUUACUAUCGGACGGCGGGGACCUACGGUGGCAUGGCCGGCUCCCUGGGGGUCUACGCCAGCCAUCCGGAGCAGUACGCGGCCGGCCUGGGACGCUCCUACGGGCCCUACCCGGGGCACCAACCCGUCCAGGCCCCGAAGGACCUGGUUAAGCCGCCCUACAGCUACAUCGCGCUGAUCACCAUGGCCAUCCAGAACGCUCCCGAGAAGAAGAUCACGCUCAACGGCAUCUACCAGUUCAUCAUGGAGCGCUUCCCCUUCUACCGGGAGAACAAGCAGGGCUGGCAGAACAGCAUCCGCCACAACCUCUCGCUCAACGAGUGCUUCGUCAAGGUGCCCCGGGACGACAAGAAGCCAGGCAAGGGCAGCUACUGGACGCUGGAUCCGGACUCCUACAACAUGUUCGAGAACGGCUCGUUCCUGCGCCGCCGGAGGCGCUUCAAGAAGAAGGACGUCUCCAAGGAGAAGGACGAGGCCCUGCGGGAGAAGCACCUAAAGGAACCGGCCAAGGCCGCCGCCGCCGAACUGGCCAAGGAGCCGCCCCAGGCCUCGGCGCCCGUCCCGGCCCCGGCCGUCGCCCCGUCGGAGAAGAAGGUGGUCAUCAAGAGCGAGGCCUCCUCGCCAGAGCUGCCCGUCAUCACCAAGGUGGAGACGCUCAGCCCGGAGAGCGGCAGCGCCCUGCAGGACAGCCCACGCAGCGUGGCCUCCACCCCGUCCCUCUCCACCGAGGGCUCGCUGCCUGGCGAGCCCCACCCGCACCCGCACCACCACCCGGGCGCCGGCGCCAACGGGCUGCCCGGCUUCAGCGUGGAGAACAUCAUGACCCUGCGGACUUCCCCGGGCGCCGAGCUGAGCCCCGUCGGCAGGACGCCGCCGGGCAUGAGCGCCUCUCUGCCCCUGGGCUACGGGCAGGCGCCCGCCUCGUCCAUCUACAGCCAGGCCUGUAGCCAGGGGGGCCUGGGCGAGGCCGGGGGCAGCUACCAGUGCAGCAUGCGCGCCAUGAGCCUCUACACGGGGGAGCGCAACGCGCACCUCUGUGGCGCCGGCGCGCUGGAAGAGGCCGCCGCUUCGCUCUCCGAGCCACCGCCGCCGCAGCCGCCAGUGGCCAAUGGCGCCCCCUCGCCCCUGGCCGGCCUGAACUUGGCGCAGGGGGGGCAGCAGCAGCAGCAGCAGGAGGGUUCCCUGCCUCCCAGCGCCCACCACCACCACCAGCCCGCGCACCACCCACCACCACCACCACCCGCUCCCCCAUCACCAAGCCCCGGGGCAGGCCGCCGCGCGGCCGCUGCGGCCGCCGCCUCCUGGUACCUCAACCACGCGUCGGAGAUCAACCAGCCGCUCCCCAGCCAAGCCUUCGGCGCCCAGCAGCAGAGUUUCCCCAACGUCCGGGAGAUGUUCAACACUCACCGGCUGGGGCUAGAGACCUCGACGGCGCUGAGCGAGCAACAGGUGAGCCCCAACUCCACCUGCGAGCUCUCCUACCGGGCUCCGCCCUCCAUUUACCGCCACUCCGCCCCUUAUUCCUACGACUGCGCCAAAUACUGACCUGGUCCGGGUUAAGCAGACAGACAGACAGACAGAGUGACAGAGACCCAGGAAGGGGGCCUUUCCCCGAACACAGCAGGCGGACUAGAAGGAAAUUAGGGCUGUCUUUUCAUUAAUUUGGGAAAGCAACCAAAAUUGACUCUGGUUUUUAAUAAAAAAGAGAUUGCAGACUUGGGCAAAAGACAAAUCUGCCCCCCCCUUUCCCGUCCAAAGUCAAUAAAGGUUUACGGACCCUAAAAUUUGAUAUAUUUUUUUUCACGACUCAUCUUUCCCGUCCAGUUAUUUCUACUCCAGGGAAAAAUAAAGUAAAACAACCAAAAGUAGAAACGAAAAAGAA